GCACGCGACCGCCAGGGCGGCUCCGGGGGCGGGGCCUCAGGAUCGGGGUUUCCCUCUUCCGGGGCGGGGGAAAUCCCCAGGAGCGCGCCUGUGAUGACGCAGGGCGCUCGCGCAGCCGCCGCCUGUGAGACCGGACGGCAGCCGCUGCGGCCAUGGGCAAGAACAAAGCCAAAGGGUCAAAGCCGAAGAGCGUCUUCCACGUGGCCAACACCAGAUCCCUGAAGGCCAAGAAUAAAGCUAAACCGGUCACAACAAGUCUGAAGAAGAUAAACAUUGUGAAUGAUGAAAAAGUUAGAACGGUAAAUAAAGCAUUUACUGAAGUACAGAAAGAAGUCAAACAACUAUCAAAAGGCAUUUCAUCAAAAUCUCAAAAGAGGCCUCGGGUUUCCAAGCACCUGGAAGGUGAACCAGCUGAUGUGGAUGCAGCUGCAAGCUUAUUAUCUCAGUUGUAAUGCAUAAUGAAAUAUCUAUGAAUUUCAAAAGCAAAAUUUACUGG